CCAACAACACCAACACAGUGACGAUACGACCAUGAUAUAAAUAAGAAUAGACUCCCCUCUUGUUUUUUUCCUGUUCAUAUCCUCAUCAUUAAGCAACCAUCUAUCAUCUCAAGCGGCUAAUCAUGCCACACCAACAGCCCUCCGAAUUCCCGGGCUUACUCGGUCUCGUUUCAUUUGUCUCCCGCCUCGCGGGCACAGCGCUCCUAAGAGCCAUUACUCACCCCUUCCACAAGAGAACCGCUUCUACAUACUACAAAGAUGUGUUCUUCGCUGUUGUUCGUUGUAGCAUUGGCACCAUGACAAUCCCACAAGCUCGAUAUUUGCUUCCUAACUCUACGCAAACAUACCUAAAGUGGUGCAAAUCCCAGAAAAUCGAACCUCGCCUAGUAGAGAUCCCUGCCGAGGGUGUCAAUCGCGAAGGAAAAGUGCAUAUGCAUUGGAUCGGCAACCCGGAUACCGCUGAUGUCAAGAUUUUAUAUUUCCACGGCGGUGCGUACACGCAGUAUGCUACGGAGGGGUAUUACCACUACUGGACCAGGUGGAUGAGAGAAUACAACGACCGCUAUCAAAAGGUUGCUGUUCUUAUGGUCGCUUAUUCUGUUGCACCGGAGCACAAAUAUCCAACUCAGCUGAGAGAGGUAUCCGCUGCGCUUUCGUACCUUGUGGACGACCUACAUGUAUCGCCAUCGGACAUAAUCGUAUCUGGCGACUCUGCAGGCGGCCAUCUUGGGCUUUCUCUGCUCACACAUCUACUCCACCCACAUCCGGAAGUUGCAGAGGUGGUCAUUGACAAGCCUCUACGAGGCUCUUUGCUGAUCAGUACUUGGGCAACUAUGCGUACCGACUUCGACAGCUUCACGAGGAACGUAGAUUCCGACAUGGUUGUUCCUAGCGUUCGUCGAUGGGCUGCCAUGUGGCUUGGACAAUCCAAUCCCAAGGACCCCGAGAAAGACCCUGGCCCAAUAGUAGGCGAUCAGUAUAGUGAUUCUUUGAGUAACGACCCGGAAUGGUGGGAAGGUCUCGACAGCGUGGUAUCGGAUGUAUUUCAGUGGAGAGGUGGAGACGAAAUGCUCGUAGACCCGAUCGCCGAGCUGGAUGCGAAGAUGAUUGAAGGCUGGGUUGCAGGCGGCGGCCAGAAGGAAAGAUUCGUGAGCAUAGAGACUCCAAGGCACGCGCACAUCGCACCAAUCGCUGGUGUCAUGAUGGAUAAAGAGAAGUGCGAGGCUCAGCUUGCGGUUGAGGAAUGGCUAAAGGCGAGACUGAGGAAGUAAUUGAUUACUCUGAACUCAUACGCUCGAUACCCAAACAUAUAGAAUUAUGCCACAAUAAACCUUGAUCUCC